CAGCCCCGCGGGGAAGGGAGGGAAGGAAGGGAGGGAGACGGACGGACGAGUCGGUCGGGCGGCCGCAGCAGAAGCGGAGAGCUGAGGCGGCUCUAGAGGAGGUCGCGCUGCCCCGCGGCUGCCUCGAUUUGGCUGGGAGAAGGUUGGCCGCCGCCGCCGCCGCUUCCCGAAGACUCUUCCCUACAAGCGCAGAACACAGAGGCAGGAAGAAGCUUUGAAUGGACAGUGAUUAAUGAUACAAUGAAGGCCUGGAGUGAUAGUCAGUCAGACCUUUAUAGCAGUGACCUAGAGGAAGAGGAAGAAAUGAUUUUUGGAGAAAACGAAGAAGACUUGGAAGAGAUGAUGGAUUUAAGUGAUCUUCCUACCUCACUCUUUGCUUGCAGUGUUCAUGAAGCAGUAUUUGAAGCUCAAGAGCAAAAGGAAAGAUUUGAAGCACUUUUCACAGUCUACGAUGCUCAUGUUACAUUCCAGUUAUUUAAAAGCUUCCGAAGAGUAAGGAUAAACUUUAGCAAUCCAGAAGCAGCAGCCAGAGCACGGAUAGAACUCCACGAGACAGAUUUCAAUGGGAAAAAACUGAAGCUAUAUUUUGCCCAGGUUCAGGUGCCCAGUGAAGUCGGAGAAAAAGCUUACCUUUUGCCCCCCCAACCUGUCAAACAGUUCCUGAUCUCUCCUCCUGCAUCCCCACCCGUCGGAUGGAAGCAGAGUGAAGAUGCUACUCCUAUGAUAAACUAUGACUUGCUUUGCGCUGUUUCAAAAUUGGGGCCUGGGGAAAAGUACGAGCUUCAUGCUGGGACCGAAUCCACUCCGAGCGUCGUGGUCCAUGUGUGUGAAAGUGAAACUGAAGAAGAAGAUGAAGUGAAAAACCCCAAGCAGAAGAUAGUGCAAACUCGGCGCCCGGACCCACCACCCGCCUUAAUAAGCGAAACAAAAACUCUUGAAUGUAUGCUAGAAGUAGGAGGUGGGAUGCACUACUGAUGCGAAAUAUUUAAUCAUGGCAGUGGAUGAUUACUCCCAUUUGCAUUGCUGCAUCCUGCAUAGCAGCAACGGACUCCUCUUGCUGUCAUCUCACAUCAAGAAGACAUUUUGAAGAGCACUUUAAUUUUUAAGGUCAACUUCCAAGAUGUAGCAAAUCCACUAGGCUGCCAAUCCUAGGAGAGUGCCAUUUCUGGUAAUCAGUGUUACCAUCCUCUUGGUGUUUGUAAGGCCGAAGGAACUUGGCUGCUGCCAUUUAUAUGGGCUACCACAUGGUUUUGUAUGUGAGUCUCUCAUGCAUAUUUUUUGUGUGCUGAUGUAUACCAUGAAUCUGAUUCACUUGAUGUUCUAAGUAAUCUAGUGACAAAUUAUACAUGUAAUGUACAAUGUACAUUGUUAUCAGUAGGAGAAUCUCAAAACUGUUUUUGAGGUGAUAGAAUCAAAUAUUCAAGCAGGUUUGUUUUUGUGGUUUCUGGGUUUGGUUUGGUUUUUUUUCCUUAGAGAUGCCAUAGUUGUGUGUGUUGAAUGUCAAGGUAUUCUUGUGAAUUGGUGUAAGACAAAACAAAAACAAAUCGGGAGUUGUAAUAGUUCUUUUCUGCCCACUGCAAUUAGGAAAUUUUUAAAAAAUUGAAAUGCCUAUAAGGAUACAGUGGAGAAUGGAUUCAUUACCUUUGGAGCACAUCUUCUAAUCUAUAGUUUUCCAGCUAUUAUGGUUAUGUCCUA